AGCCAAAUAUAUCGAGGCUUAAAGAAACCAUUCCAUUGCGAUCUGUAUUAGUGUACGAAACAAGCGGCACAAAUACAGGAAGACGUUGGAAGAGAAAAUCGUAAAAUUGGAUCUGAUUCAUCCCGGGUUAUUUUCUUGAUCCAUGAUUUGUGAUUAUCCACGGUAGGCGGAAACAGAGCUCCAGUGCCAGUUUGUUACCGGAAUAUUUCGCAAGAAAAAACAACCCGGGCUGGAAUUAUUUAGUUGUAGCUUUAUAUUGGUGAUAUUUAUAUGUGUUCUCCGAGGAAAUAAGAAGGAAUAUAGUCUAUAUUUACCACUGGUGUGUGCUGUUGGCUCAAAAUAAGAUUUAUAAGUUUCUUAUUCAUAAAUGUGAGGGAUUUACUUUGGAAAUUAAAUGGAUAAAUGGAAAAGUAGCGAACAGACGUCGGCCCGGUGGUGAAAGCAGGCUCCCGUGGAUGAGGAUAAACAUCUCAGGAUCGCAAGGAAAUUCAUUAUAAUCAACGGGGAACUCCGCAAACCAUAACACAUAUGCGCGCUCCCGGCUGUGAAAAAUACAACACAGGGCUUAUCAGUUGAUCGCUGUUCUGUCUUUGUUCUGUCCUGCAUGUGAGUGAUGCUACGCGAAUAUCGGAGUUAAGGAAUAGUUCUGUUGAAUUUAUCAACUGAAUGUUAUGAUAUUUCUCGGCGUUGUGAUGGGAUGAUACGUCCUUGUGAUCAGAUAUAUAUGUCGUGUGCAUGAAGUGUUAAAUCUAUACGUGUGAAAGAAGUGUUUGAUAUUCAUGUAAUACAGACAAAGGCUAAUGUUGUUGCGAGUAGAAAGUCAUAUAUUUAAUCAAGCCAGAAGGAAUACAAAUGAAAUUAAACAUAUAUCAAGAUGAACUUUGCACUGAGCUUUAACUGAUAUAUAAACGUUUAGAUAUUGAUAUAAACUUGUUCUUUGCUCGCUCCGUUAAAGUGUUAAAAGUCAAGGACGGAUGUGCUUGAUUUCAUUCUAUUUAUGUUUAAUCAAAGAAUUAGUGAAUAAGCAAAUACUAGAGUGGUUGAGAUGUGAUUAUGACGUAAUAUAAGGAGCCUGACAAAGUCUAUACUUUAGGUUUUGUAAGGUUUGAAGGGUUCGUUUUAAGAGUGUGCUGUGAUAUUAUCGUUGUUAAUCAUUGUUGUUGACGUUUGUUUAUCGCGGAAGACAGCGAAAUAUUACGUCCUGAUGUUUAUUACAUUCUGUUGUGAAAAAUGAUAUAAAGAAUUUGCUCAAUUAUUUUACGAAUUAUAAAUUUGUGAUAAAUGUGAAACAAGGACGGAACUAUUAUAUAAAUGUAAAUAAGCUAUUCAGGCAAAUAUUUUCUCCAGCACAUGAAUGUCUUGCAAGGUGCAAAGAUAUUCAACAGUUCUUGGAAAGAUUAUUAAUUUCAACACCGGAAUAACGUGAACGGUGAUUAAUUUCUCCCUAUCGUGCAGUGAUUGCUUGUUUAUUGUCCCCUGGGAUUUGAACCUGGAUUAUUAACAAAGUGUGUAACCAUGACAACGGUUUUAGGAAGAUUCGUUUUGUGGCUGUUGUUUGUGGCCCUGGGGUUUUACAACCCAACCACAGGGGCAUUGUCCGCAGACCACUUCAGAGUCGUUGGUUUGUUCGAGCCCGAGGAGAAGGCCCAGAAGUUGUCGUUCACAAACGCCAUCGAGAAGCUAAAUCUGAACGUUGUGGGAUCCAGCCACAUGGUCGUGUAUUACGUUGAGGAGGUGCUACCCAACGACAGCUUCGAGGCUAAUAAAGGAGAUGAAGAGGAAACUCGUAAGACGCUCGAUUACAAAGUGUGCCGGCAGAUGAAAGAGGGAAUCGCCGCGGUGUUUGGUCCCAUCUCUAAGAUCCCGCGCGCGCAUGUGCAAUCAAUUUGCCAGGCGUUUGACAUCCCGCACUUGAGUGCGCAGUGGGACCCCCGAGAGACACGGGACUACUACUCUAUCAACGUGUACCCUGACAACGACGUGCUGGGCAGGGCCUCAGCCGAGCUUGUUCGCUAUUGGAACUGGAAACAUUUCACCGUCAUCUACGAGGAUGACGACAGUUUGCUGCGGCUACAAGAGGUGCUAAAGGCGACGAAGGGCAGCGAUCACAGGAUAAGCAUCCGGAAGUUAGACCCUUUCCAAGGCAGCUACAUCAGCAUGUUUAAGGACCUCAAGGAGAAGGGGGAGUAUCAUAUCGUCGUCGACUGCAGCGCAGCCAAGGUCCAGCCCCUACUACACGAGGCGUUAAAAGUGAACAUGCUGUCGGAAUAUUACCACUUCCAUUUUACAACAUUGGAUCUGGGUGGUGUGGACCUGGAAGAUUACAAAUACAGCGGGGCCAACGUGACGGCCAUGAGGCUGAUAGAUCCCACGCGAACACAGGUCGUUGACGUGAUGACAGAGUGGAGGUUUAAUGACGACAACGCUCUGACGUCGCCUCUCCUCGGAGGAAACUACCUUCAGACGGAAGUUGCGUUAAUGUACGAUGCUGUUCAUCUGUUCUUCAAAUCACUUUCCGAGCUGACGGUUGCUGUGAAGGAUAUUAAAACACAGUCACUCAGCUGUAACAAGCGAGACGCCUGGGACAUCGGGAACAGUCUCCUCAACUACAUGAAAUCGAUGGACUUUGAGGGACUGUCCGGCCGGGUUCGUUUCAGUCCGGACGGCCGAAGAACGGACAUUAAACUAGACAUUGUGCAACUGUCUCAAAGUGGUCUCAAGGCUGUCGGAGACUGGCAUCCUACCACGGGCGUGAACAUUUCUACCUCAUACCAGGAAAAGUCAAAAGAAGACAUCAACAAACUGAAGAAUAUGACAUUAAGGGUUGUCACUGUAUACGAGGAGCCUUACCUUAUGAUGAAGCAGAAUCCUGACGGAACUGUCACACAUGAGGGUUUUAUGAUUGAUUUGUUGAACCUCAUAAAGGGGCGGCUGCCUUUCAACUACACGGUGUACCAGGUUGCGGACAAGAACUACGGGCGAGACCAAGGCAACGGAGAGUGGGACGGUAUGGUUGGUGACCUCAUGAAGAGAGAUUCAAAAGAGAGGGCUGAUUUAGCAGCGGCCGGUAUGACUAUCACUUAUGAACGAGAGAAGGUCCUGGACUUUACUAAACCUUUCCUGAACCUGGGAAUUACCAUUGUCUACAAGAAGCCCACCAAGGCGCCACCAGAGUUGUUCUCCUUCCUCUCUCCUCUGUCUAUAGAUGUGUGGAUCUAUAUGUUGGCCGCCUACCUCUGUGUGAGCUUCAUGCUUUUUGUUAUCGCAAGGUUUAGUCCGUACGAGUGGACGAAUCCCCACCCAUGUAACGAGGAUUCAGACUACGUGGAAAACCAGUUUACCAUUCUCAACAGUUUGUGGUUUACAAUUGGCUCUCUUAUGCAACAGGGCAGUGAUAUAGCUCCAAGGUCGGCCUCAGGACGCAUCCUAGCGAGCUCGUGGUAUCUAUUCACGCUUAUCAUGGUAUCCACAUAUACUGCAAACCUGGCAGCAUUUCUUACUAUCGAGGAAUUCGUGUCACCGUUCAAUAAUGUUGAGGAGUUGGCUGAACAAAAUAAAGUAACCUAUGGCAUCGUGCCGUCAGGGUCAACACGUGGAUUUUUCCAGAACUCAGAUGUGCCCACAUACAAGCGAAUGUGGGCUUUCAUGGAGACGAAUCCGGACGUUGGACUAGUCUCGAACAGCAAAGAGGGCAUCAACAGGGUGAAGACCUCCGACUACGCCUUUAUCACAGAGUCCUCUACUAUAGACUACCAGGUGCAGAGGAACUGUGAAUUGACACAAGUCGGGGGAUUGCUUGAUUCGAAAGGUUAUGGAUUAGCCUUUCCAAAAGAUUCCCCCUGGACGGAUCUGAUUUCCAGAGAGAUUAUCUAUUUCCAAGAAACACAACAGAUACAAAAACUCUAUGACAAAUGGUGGAAAGAGAAAAGCGGGGGAAAGUGUGACGUUGAUGAAGGCAAGAAGGACGCCAGUUCCCUCGGCGUCAAGCACGUGGGUGGGGUAUUUGUGGUUCUCGUGGGAGGGCUGGUAGCCGGGCUACUUCUAGCCUGCCUCGAGUUCAUGUGGAAAGCGAAGAAAAACGCCAAAGUUGAUAAGCAAUCCUUUUGUUCGGAGAUGUCGGAGGAGCUCCGCUUUGCAGUGCGGUGUUGUGGAAAGCCCGAAAAGACGACUCGCAGGGUGGGGAGUAAAGACAUUGUUGACAAUGGCAUCCAGUUUGCUCCCUUGACUGGCAUGACUCAUAGAAACAAUAGCAAAGAGCUGUAUGCAUAGCGUUUGCUCUGAAGUGUAUUAUGUGUUAUUGCAACAAUGUUGCUGUGCUAUUUUUUUUUAUUUCACUGACAAUUUUCGGGUAAAUUUAACACUUAUUACAACUCAGUGCUUCUAUCCACAUCGCGUGUGAAAAUUAUAUUAAUUAGGGAUUUUAGCAAAGACAUCCAAAGAGUCGGCAAAUUGGUUUAGUAGAAAAAGUACAUUAGAUUUGCUAUUGAAAUUGUAAUAAAAAGUGAACUUUUUUGAAAGAUUUAACGUUGUUUCAUAAACUAUUGUUUGUUGUUGUUUAGUUUUUGAAGUAAAAACAUCUAAAGCAUGGUCAUAGCGUUGGUGUUGUUGGCAACGGCGGCGGACUUAUUGUCAUUUUAACGUAAAUCCGUCUUUAUUGUUAAAAAACCCCAAACAAGAACAUGAACUUAUAGCCAUACGCUCAUUUUGGCAAUACAUUUAUACACAAAUAAUCAAUUAUUCUGCUUAAUCUGUUUGUCCAUUUAUGUCCCUUGGUCAAAUGCGAUUGAGGACGAGCGUUAACAAGCGCUUACGAAGACCUUGUUGUUUAUAAAUGUAUGUAUGCUGUCAAUGUUGCAUCAAUGUGUUUUUUAUUAAGACGUAUUUUUCUGAAUGUAUCCUCAUUCAAGUUUCCGAGGUAGAAUCCUGUGAUCUUGGGACGUCUCGGGACCCCAUAUUAUUAUCGUAUCAUUUAAGAGGAUUUUAUGAGUGAAGAAAGAAUAUGAAGAAACAGUACCGAAUUAUGUAAUAAAAAGUUGUUUUCAUUGAAUAUUGCGAACAAGGCUACUUCGCGUUCGAUUCAGUUGAAAUAAAGAACACAGUUACAAACUGCUGGAGUUGCUUUAAAUAUAACGUUGUUCUUGUCAUUAACUUUACAUGUUAUUACUAAGUAAGAACGUUCCUUUCAAAUAAUACCAAAAUAAUAUGGGGUCACAAAGCAUCUCAAUUUGACGUUACGGAUAAUGGCACGAUAAAACGGAGAUCUUAUUUGUAGCUCGGAUACAUUAAUACGUAUUUCGUAAAUGUAUUCUUAUAAAGAUGUACUUUCUCGAAUGUAUUCUUAUCAUGUACAAUCUCAGUGCGUUCCGUGGACACUGAGGCCAGAAAUAAUUGCUCACUCUUAUACGUAUUUAUCCCGACCAGUAUUUUGUCUUCCAGUUGUUUCAUGCUACUUCCACAAAAUGUCCACUUUUAGGUUAAGUCUCACACCACUUCCAUAAAAUGUUCACCAUUUACCUUGAGUUUCACGCCACUACCAUAACCACUACCAAAAAUGUCCACCAUAUAGCUUGAGCUUCACGACACUACCAUAACCAUUAACACAAAAAACACCAUUUAGCUUGAGUUUCACACCACUACCACACAAUUGCCACCAUAUAGCUUGAGUUUUACACCACUAACGAACAUUUGCCACCAUAUAGCCUGAGUCUCACACAACUUUCAUUAAAAUGUCCACCACUAAGCGUGAGUUUCACGAUAUUUCCAAUUAAAUGUCCACCGUUUAGCUUCUGUUUGUCCACAUUCAGCUUUUAUUUUCCACCAUUGUUGCGAAGAAUUGCUUAAAUAUGUUUUUAUAGUAGCCUUCCUGUUGAUGAUAUUUUUUUUGUUAAUUAGCAUCGUUAAAUGUGCAAAAGCCACAUUUUUCUUCGACAAUUUCUAUGCAUUAUUGUGCUAAUUAUAUUGAAGAACGAAAAAAUGUUUUGCUUUGAUCCUUGAGUUUAAUGCUAAAUCAGAAUGAUUGCACAACCAGAUUUGUUAUAUUCAAGUAUUCAGUGGAACUUGGUCUUUCAAGCUUGACACACGUUUGGGUUUGGAUCUCAAUUUAAAUCACACAUAAUUGUAUUCUUUUGUGCAAAGACACAUUUUGUGACACUGUUGUAUCGUACUCUGUGACUUAUUUCAAACGCGAUUUAGUUGAUGACGUUGUUUUUUUACUUUAUAUAUACAUCUAUGUAUACCAUGCCUUAUUUAAUUGUCUUAUGUAGCUGAAAAUGUUUAGUAUUUUAUAUUUUGCAAUGCUACUAAGUAUAUAUAUAUUUCAUUUUACAUGUACAUCUGAGAAUAACGUAAAUACUUCAUUGUAUCUAUUACAUAGGUUGUAUGCUAAUUCAUUCGGCAUAGUUUGAAUCAUGUAAAUAUCAAAUGUUAAGUAUGUACAUAUAUGUAUAUAAUGGAUUAUUUUCUGAUUUACUGAGUUUAUUUCCUGCCAUUGUCAUUGAAAUAAACGUCCAAGUUGCAGACCUGAA